GCUACAAGCUAAACAUUUUAGUUCCAUCAACGUUAGAUUCCGUGUCAAAUGUGAAAUCCAGCUUUGAAAGUAUUUGUGAUAAAUACUCUUCUGUAUUGUCAAUUAAAAAGGAAACAAUGCUAAUGAAGAUUUUGAAUGAGAUUUGCUCCCUAAAGAACAUGGUUAACUACAACGUCUUCAAAGAAAUCAGUACCCCUAUGACGUGUUUUCAAAAUCUUGAUGAGCACAACUACCCUAUUUUGAAGUCUUUGGUGCAGAUCCUGCUUACUUUACCAAUAUCAAUAGCAACAGCAGAGAGAUCAUUUUCUACGCUGAGGCGAUUGAAAAGCUGGAUGAGGACCAGAAUGACCGAAGACCGCCUGACCGGACUGGCUCUCAUGAAUGUUCACAGGGAUAUAGAAGUGGACAUCAAUAAAAUUAUCGAUCGGUAUUCCAGCAAGAAGAAUAGAAAACUGGAUUUUGUAAUUUAAGGGAAAACAACGUAGUUUUUGUUAAGCCAAAGUAUUUUUGUUUUGUUUUAUAAUUUACUUCUAAUGUCAGUAAUUAAAUCAUACUAAACAUAA